CGUCAGCGCGCAGCCUCCCGCAGUUGCUGAAGGAAAACAUCCUGAAAAUCCGGAGAAUAAAGAGCGACAUCAGAGGCCCCGGAGCCUGCCCCGGCCCCGAUUACCGAGUACCCAGAGCUGCGGCCUGCUCCCCCGAACACCGCCCUCACCCAGUGUCCGCUCCCGCUCCCGCUCCAACAGGCCGCGGGUACCCGGGCAGCCCCGAGGCUUCAAUGACAGCGGCUCGGGGAGAAUGGCGGCAGGGGAAUCUGCUGGGAGUUGGUGGGGGAGCUGGAUUCAAGAAGGUUUCCAGUCAGUAAAAGAAAAGUCUACUGAAGCACUAGAGUUUAUGAAACGGGACCUUGCAGAGUUUUCACAUGUGGUACAGCAUGAUACAGCAUGUACAAUUGCAGCCACCGCAAAUGCAGUGAAAGAAAGACUGAGUGCAGAAACCUCUACUGGAGCUGGACAGCAGGUCAAAAAGGGAUUAUCAAACAUUCUGGGAGUCCUAUCGGACACUUUUGCUCCUCCUCCAGACAAAACUAUUGAUUGUGAUGUUAUAACACUGGUCGCAACACCUUCUGGUACUACAGAACUCUACGACAGUACCAAGGCUCGUCUUUACAGUCUACAGGCUGAUCCAGCAACGUACUGCAAUGAGCCAGAUGGUCCGUUGGAGCUCUAUGAAGAGUGGGUUGCUGAUUUUAAUCUUGAAAAUCAGAAAGGGGAAAUCUCAGACCUAUUGGUUAAUAGUCCUGCAGUGCGUGCUCUUUACACAAAAAUGGUACCAGCAGCCGUAUCUCAUUCAGAAUUUUGGCAUCGAUACUUUUAUAAACUUUAUCAGUUGGAACAGGAAGAGACCAGGAGAAUAGCACUGAAGCAGAGAGCGGAGCAGACGUCUCAUGCAGAGGAGCUUCAAUGGGAAGACGAAGAAGAUGAAUUCGUAGGUGCUUCGCCUGUCAGUUCAGAGUUUCGACAUACGCCGCAAAAUCCGUUAUUGCCUGUACAAUCUCUUGUUGCGUGCUCCACGCUGGAGCAUUCAGUUGAACUUCCGAACCAGAAUAUUGCUGACAUUACGCAAAGGCCAGGGGAACACCAGUCUGUAAGUGCCAUCAGCAGUCCCACAGAACUCCAGCUGAGAAGUCAAAUCUCCACUUCCAGUGAGACAUCAAGGUCUGAGGAGACUGUGAAGGAAAUUGCAGGCAAUGUGGUAGAUACCAGUGUGGAGCUGGUGGUAGAACAGGAUUUGAAGCCCAAGACUAAGGGCAGGCCUUCAAUUCCAGAGGAAGAAACAAAUGGAUCAACUAAAGAUCAAAAAAUGAAGGAGUUUACUGCAGUAACUGGUGCAGUGUUUGAGGCAAAGAACACCAACAAACUGGAGACUACAAAAGAUGAUGGACCCAUUGAUUUGAGAGUGUAUGAACUUAACUCGGACAGUGGAAAAUCAACACCAUCCAAUAACGGAAAGAAAGGGUCUAGCACAGACAUCAGUGAGGACUGGGAAAAGGAUUUUGAUUUGGAUAUGACCGAGGAAGAAGUUCAGUUAGCACUAUCCCAGGUGGAUGUGUCAGAACAGCUAGAAGAUGAAGACUGGGACGAUUGGGAAUAAAAUGAAAUUGGACAUUGCUGCUUCAGUUGAUUUCUUGAAUUCUUUCAUUCUAAUGUAAUGACAAUUGUGUUUAUAUUCUUAGCCUGUAGUGUAUAUACAGGUUUCCUGUGCCAUUGCUUCAGUAAGUUAGGGUAACAUGUUUUAUACUGCAUGCUAUUGUAUUAUAUAGCAGGCUUUUUAGCAUGUAAUUACAAAGAACUAUGGAGCAUGGGUUAUAUUUCAUUCUUUAGACUAAAGUUAUAUUCAGUGGGAGACAUUGCUAUUAUUGUUUCUAAUGAUGUUUUGUUUUUGCGUAAUUAACAGCUGGUUGGUUGUGCAAUAUAUAUUUUAAAUAUGCAUUUUCUAGCUUUCAGAUAUGGGAGACUAUUAGUUUUGUAAUUCAAAUUCCCUUAGAUCUUUUACAGAUUUGCACUUACAUCGAUUAAACUUAAAUUAUACAAGGUUAA